AGCCGCCCCCCAGGGCCGCCCCCCGGCCUCCGCCCUGGGCCUGCCGGGGCCGGGCGCUCCGCCGGCGCGUCAUGAGGCGGCGGCCAUGGAGCCGCGGCGCCGCGUCCUGCUGCUCGGGGAGGGCAACUUCUCCUUCGCCGCCGCCCUCUGCGGGGCCGCGGGGACCCGCGUCGUGGCCACCUGCUACGAGAGCGCAGAGGAGGCGGCCGGGCGGCGCGGCGCGGCGGGCUGCACCCGGCGGCUGCGGGAGAGCGGAGCUGAAGUUCUCUUUUCUGUGGACUGUACCAAGCUGACAGACUAUUUUUCACCAGAAAAAAGAGAAUUCGAUUGUAUUUAUUUCAACUUCCCUCACUGUGGGAGGAAGGCGGGGGUGGUGAAGAACAGAGAGCUGCUGGCCCGCUUCUUCCGCAGCUCCGCGGAAGUGCUGGCAGAGGCGGGAGAGAUCCACGUGGCGCUUUGCAGCGGACAGGGUGGGACGCCGGCUGAUCGGCCAAGGAGAGAAUGGCACAACAGCUGGCAAAUCGUGGCAGUGGCAGCAGGAGCUGGAUUUAUCUUGAGUAAUGUUCAUCCUUUUAAAGCAGAGACUAUCCCUGGAUAUGAAUGUACAGGCUACAGGAGUCAAGAUAAAUCUUUCAGUGUAGAGGGUGCUUUAAACUACAUUUUCACGCGAAGCACACCACUUCUACGUUUCAAACCUAUGAGCUGCGAGAUAGAACUGGAAAGCCGAAAAGUUUCUUUUCAAGUACCACAAGUGCUUACAGAUAAAAUUAAUAGGGGUUUCCUAGAAGUAAAUUCAAAUCAUCCAGUACGGACAAUAAAGGAGAAGCUCACUGCAGAGCUCAGCCAAGCCUUUCCUCUACAAAGCAUUGACAACUGCCUUCCUCUGCUCCACCAAGGUCACCUUAAUAGUGUUUGUCACUCAAAUGUCUUUUGGAUCGUUCUGAGCCCAGAGGAGACUCUAAGCACUGAAGAAAUGCCUGAUGGACUAGCAAAUGCAGUUUUAUUUUCCCAUGUUGAUUUUUGCAGGGACACAGAUAAGAAUGGCUGCGUGGAUGUACAAGAGGGAUGCCAUAUUUCAAAACAAUAUUAUCUUAGACCUUCCCUCCUACCUUAUGCUCAGGCAGUAAUACAAAGAGGAGGCUUUCUCCCAGGGACACUUCAUGUUCUUUCUGGCCCAAUUUUCAGGAAGUGUCUUAUCGCUCCUUCCUCCAUGCCUGUUUUUCAUGAGAUGGUUUUUGUGUAUGCAGUUAACAGGGGUACAGAAAACAGCUAUAUCCAGAUGUUGGUGAAUAACAUUACAACCAGCAUACAUUCUCUUCACCAGACUGUUUCUGGCCUUAAACUGAAUGUCAGUCUGCAGGAAGCAACGAGCUUUGAAACGACUGAGCUAAAUGACUUUGCUGCUUUUGAACUUCAGCUUAGUAAAAUUCAAUACUUGGUCUGUGUGAAGAUAGAUGCUUCAGGCUCCUGUGAGAAGGGUUCCUGUGUGGGAGUUAUAAGGACAGCUCAUUAUGAACUAGAAAGCAGUGACUUGGUUCUUGUCUUUGCUUCAUUGCAUCUUGACCUCCUAGCCAUGCUGAUCUGUGGAAUAUCUGACUGGCGAAUGCUCUGGACAUCAGACACACGGUUCCUCCAUCAAUUUCCUAGAGGAGAGUUAAGGCUUUUCAAGAGUUUUUCUCUCUAUCCACCUUCCUAUGUGCAUGAUGUCAGCUUUUGGGUUCCUGACGGGGAAGAAUUUGAUGAAAUUGCUUUCCACACCAUUGCUAGGCGUGUGUCAGGUGAAACGGUCAUAUCCAUCCAGUUAAUUGACAGUUACCAGCAGUCAGAGACAGGACGGAAGAGCCUCUGCUACAGGCUGACCUAUCAGUCCUGUGACAAGGCCCUGAGCCGUCAGGAGGUGGCAGAGAUGCAGCUGCUCUUUCGGAAGGAAAUAAGCCAACGCUUGCGUGUAACUCUUCGGUAGAGCAUUGCAUGUUGUUAUUGGGUGCUCGAGCAGCGUCUGUGCUUGUUGCCGAUCUGGAAGGUGUGUCCUGCCUCCUGUUGGACCUAACACUGUGUGUUAGUGCGGUGCCCCUUACGAAGGCAGUGUGGGCUUCGAGUACUUGCACACAUUCUACACAUGGAAAUUCCUGUUAAUGAAGACCAAACACCUUCCUGUUCUGCAUGUGUGCGAUGAAAUGUCAUUUUAAAAAGCGCAGUCUUUCUGGACUAGGGUCCUGCGAGGCUGGACUUGAUCUUCUUGCUGAUGCCAAUUCAAUUUUCCUAUUUUUGCUUGUGUUUACCCAGUGUCUUGUACUGCUGGCUGGACUUGAUCUCCUUGCUGAUGCCAAUUCGAUUUUCUUAUUUUUGCUUGUGUUUACCCAGCGUCUUGUACUGCUGGCAGCUGCAUCAAGUACACUGAAAGAGGGAGGAUAUUCCUGUUUCCAAAGGGUUGCAUGCAGUCUGAGCCUUGAAAACUCUGCACAGAUGCUCAAUCCCUGCGGGAGGAUGGCGUGUGUGGGUUGCCCCGUGCAGCCCGCCUCAGAAGGGAGGCCAGUGCCAGAGGUGCGCCCAGCCCCAUGCACCAGCAGGCUGUUUUCUGAGUAGCUCAUACAGGUGGGAAUCCCAAACGGGCAUUCUAUUACUGGAUCCCAAAGGAUACUCACCAACCCUAAAAGAUAGUUGUACCACUGGUAGUGUGUUAAUAGCUACAGCAGAUGUAACUGCCGCCGGAGAACUCCAGGAACAGACGGAGUGACUGGAAUCUGUAGGAUUACGCUGGGGAAAGGCAGCAUGAACAUGGUGGAUACCACUAGCUCUUUCACAAAGGUUGAAGACUCUAAGGCUUGUGGUCACUGCUGGCCCUGCAGCGACUCCCAGACUGUGUGAGGUAAUACACAGCGGCCGUAGGUGCUUAGAAGUGCUACCAGAGAGUAACACCAUUAGACUCAUCUACCAGUAAGUAAUUCCUCAGCUGGAAACUACUCCAGAGUUCCAACAGCGGAGCCCCCUGAGCCUUCGGGAAUGAAAUAAAAAGUCUCCUAUCAGCAGG